AUGGAAGACCAGAAGAUGAUGGCACCAAGAAAAUUUAUGUUUCUUCAAAGCAGAAUUAAUGCAGGUUUCAAGAAUGAAGAAGAUUCUCAUCUUCAAGAAAAUUCAAAAUCAAGUAGUAAAUCCGAUUCAGACUUUAACGGCAACAUCAGUUUAACUUUUGAUGCUCAUUGGAACACUCCUACUUGUGGGGUAUCAGAUUCUCAUAAAUUUCAUCUUCUCCAAUGGGAGAAAACUGCAGAAGGAGGCCGAAAGAGCUUAUCAUCAUCGUCAUCAGGAUUAUUAUAUUCUUCUUUAUCUAGUAAUGACGGGAAACAAGUAGAACUAUUGUCCGAUGAGAAAGAAGCAGUCGACACUCUAUUGAUGUUGGCUAAUUGCUAUUCAGAAGAUCGCAUAGUUUCCAGCAAGAAUCCUCCAGAGAAAGACAGAAUCGCUGAGUUUCCAGAUUUGAAAAAGAAACGAAAAACUAACAUUGGGUGCACCAAAGAUCGUUUAAAGAACGCAAGAAUUGAGAAGGAAACUGAGAACUGCAGAGAUGAAAUCAUAUUAGAUACUGAAGCACUUCACAAGCAGAUGAAGUCUUCUGGUUCUGGUAGAUUGAGUUGUGCUUUUUGUGGGAAAUCUUUCAGUAGUUAUCAAGCUUUGGGUGGUCAUAAAUCAAGCUGCAGGAGCAAUCCCUUGAAAAAAGCACUGCAAGGUUCAAUGAGAGAUACAAUUAAAGAAUUGACAAGUUCAGAUAUCCAUCAGUGUGAUUGGUGCAGUAAGACGUUUUCGACUGGUCAGGCUCUUGGGGGACAUCAAAGGUUGCAUCGGACUGGACAAGCUGAACCUCGAAUUAGUAGGCCAUUGGUUUCUGGAAAGGAAAUCAGCAAGGAGAAAUCUCGAAUUCACUACUUAACAUCAUCAGUUCAAGAAGCACAAGACCAACACCAUUGUCAUUAUUUUGAAACUGUUAUCUCCUGA